GCCCGGGGAACAGCUGGAGCUCUGAGACAUAGCCUUGCUGGUGUUUCCUGGGACUGUAGUCACCCAACUCAGCUGCGUAGGUAGAGAAACAUCGAGUGGGAGAUUGAGAGGAAGGGUGAGGAGAUGAAAGAACGGGUGGUAGGCAAGGAGGUUAAAUGUGUUUAAAUGGAGUCGAGUGGAAGGCAAGGAGGUUAAAUGUGUUUAAAUGGAGUCGAGUGGAAGGCAAGGAGGUUAAAUGUGUUUAAAUGGAGUCGAGUGGAAGGCAAGGAGGUUAAAUGGAGUCGAGUGAAAGGUAAGGAGAAAAGGAAAGAAGGGAGGAAAGGGAGUGAAAAGCCUGCUUUUUCAUUAUGGCUACAACUCAUAACAGUGAAAGUAAACGAUAAAAGACAGUAUACAAACAUUAAUCAACGCAACUGCACCAACGCACAGUUGCAUAACAUUUUUGUAUAGAUGAAAGCGAGUUGUUGUUGCAGGU